AUGACUGAAAGUACAAAAAGAGAUAAAACAAGGUUUCAUUCAAGUCAUGGUGAAAAUAUUGUUCUUUAUGAUGGUAAUACAGUAGCAUAUCGCAAAGCAAGUUUUGCAAAAGCUCUAGUAUUUAGUGAAGAACCAUUACAAUUAGGUGAAAUAUUUUUAUUAGAAAUUGAGAAAGAUGAAAGAGGUUGGAGUGGACAUAUGCGAAUUGGACUGACUCAAAUGGAUCCUAUUACCAUUGAUAUGGCAAAGUUGCUUGAUUAUGAUGUUGCUUUACCAAAUUUAUUAAAGACAGGUUCAAGUUGGGUUUUUGCAAUGACUGAAAGUUCUAAUAUAUGGGAUGGUUUUGAACAAAUUCUAGGAACAGGUUAUGGCGAUGGUAUACCAGCAAGAGAAAAAAGAUUAAUGACUGAUGGUAAUAAUGUUCACACUUCUAGAGGAAUUAUACCAUAUAGUAUUUUAAGGCCAAAUAUUGUUGGAUCUUCUCACAAUAUAUUACCAACAGAUACUGGAAGCAGAAUAGGUGUAAUGUAUGUACCACAGGCUGGUUCAGACAAAGCUGAAAUGCAUUUUAUUAUAAAUGGUGAAGAUCAAGGUGUAUUUGGUAGAGAUAUUCCAUACAAAGCAGGACCUUUGCAUGUUGUUGUUGAUGUUUAUGGUACAACAAAGCAAGUUAGAAUAAUACAAUUGUACGGAGCUUCAUUAACUCUACAAAGUGCUUGUAGAGAUACUAUUCUACAAUAUACAAAGAAGACUGGUGUUGAAUCACUUCCUCUCCCAAAAAUGUUAAAAAAAUAUCUACUAUAUCAGUCGCAAUAAUUAUUUUCAAAUCAACAUU